CGCAGCUCCGACUUACAGUCAACAGCCGCAAGAUUGACAUCACAACAAAUGCGGACACCCAUGAGUAUUAAUCCGAGAACAAUGCAUCACGUUCCAAAGAUGAAUACAUGCAUUGAGUUUAGUUGUGCCCCACGUUGUCGUCAUUAUCGUUCGUCGGUCAACAUCGUCAUUACUAGCUAACGCCACCAGGGUCUUCCAUUCAGGCCGUCAGCAAGUCAUGGGGAUUGUGAUGGCGGAGUACCGGCCCUUUAACAUCCCUACUGGGUUUCCGCACGAUAGAAAGUCAAGUCCCACGUUGUCACAAUCCUCUCGUUUGCAGCUCGUCUCUCCGCAAUUUGAAUCCUACAGCGAUACAAAGGACGCCUUGCUCCGGUCUCAGCGCCUCAGCGGCAUAAAUAUAGGAUAUUUCCACUUUGUACCUCUGCCAACAUGGCGAUAUCUUCAUCACAUCCAGCGGAUGCUCCACCGCCUUACGAAGAGGCAGUGGGCAGCUCCUCAGCACCAAAACCUCUUCGCCGUGUCUCUACCGACGGCCCUACUUCACGAACGGCGCGAAACGGCAUACCACCAGAGCACCGCCGCUCAAUGGAAGACGAGAACCGCGAACUUCCUCCCGGGUGGGUUCGACAGUUCGACCUCGGAGAACAGCACCAGUUCUUCGUUGACACAAACGCCAACCCUCCUCGAAGCAUCUGGACGCAUCCCUACGACGACCCCGACUUCCUUGCUACACUGAGCCCAGAAGAGCGCAAGAAGCACAGUCGCAUGCACCGCUCCGUCACACUCGAGGACAUCACAGCCGAAAGCAGCGACGAAGAAGACCACCAUCACACCGCGAAACUUCCCCCUCGCCCCAAUGCCGCUGGCGGCGCUGCGUCUUCUUCACAGCCCGCCUCCAGCAUACACAGAUUCACGCGCAAAAUGAAGGACAAACUUACCGAUAGCACGCACGAGCAACGCCAGCGCCAGCGCAUCCAGCGCGAAGAGGCAGAGCGCAAAGCGUACCAGGCGCACAUGCAAGCCCGGCAGGCGAUGGCACGCGCCAUGCAGACCGGCCAGCCGCAGUUCCUGUGCAAGGACCAGCACGGGCGCGACGUGUACAUUGAGCCGCCUGGCUUUGGUGGGCGCGCUUACGGAGGCUACGGACAGCAAGGCUACGGGUACAAUCCCUACUCUCAAGGGCCUUAUGCAAAUCCAAAUGUCAGGUUUGUCCGGCCGAGUGGCCCGUAUGGGAGGCCUUAUGGGUUUGGGUACGGUGGGGGUAUUGGGGCGCCUGUUGCAGCGGGGCUGUUGGGCGGUGCGUUGCUGGGCGGCGUGCUGUUUUGAGCGUUGACGGGGAGAUGGAUGUAUUGAAGCCUCAGCGAGCAGGAUGGGGGCUGUGUUGCGGCGGCUGAUGUGUAAAGAUACCUUGUCGUUUCGAGGACUGAGCAUGGUUCAUGGUUCUCGUAUAUUCUUAUUCUUCCUCGUUAACAUUUCGUGCAAUGAGUGUCCUGCGUCCUG